AUGUGUGCUGGUCAAAGUGUUGGUCUUACAAACAACCUCACGGAGGACGAGCUCCAGCGGUACUACCUGCUUCCCGACAACACCGCGAUCACUACCACUGGUCCUGGUGUGCCCAGCGAAACCACCCACGCCAGGAAGGAAGUCACUCCAGCAACAAGCCCUACCAGCAGCACCCAGGCGUACAUCGGCCUGAUAACCGGAGCUCUGGCUAUGGUCAUCCUCUUGUUGGCGUGCACGGUUUUUCUGAUGAUUAGAAGAGGACGGAAAAAGGUAUCCAAGGUGGCUCUUCUACACAAACACACUGCUCUGGUAUCCAGCAGCACCAAACCCACCACGAUCAACAUGAAAGACCUGAAAAACAACACGAUGACAACGCCAAUCAUCAACAACAGCCUGUCCAGGUCGAGGCUGUCGGUCAAAAGCAAAGGCGGCAACAACACCAUCGGCAGCGACACCUCCAAGAAGCAGAAGAAAUGCAACUUGUACGGUCACGUGACUGGCGAGGAAUCCGACAGCGAGAAUUCUUCGGUCUACCACGAGCCCUACAAGCUACUGCCCAACGGGAAACAGGAGUACGGAUCUCUGUUGAAGAAGGAGGGAAUAUCGACCAGCAAAAGUGGUGAAUAUACAGAUUUCACCAGUGUCAAUAGCUUCCAGGAGGACAUGAAAUACACCCCACCAACGUUCUACAACUUGACACCACCUCCACCACCAUCUUCUCGACCGCCUGGGUACGAUGUUCAAAAUGGCGUCCUUCCCCAAAAUGGCGUCAUUCCAUCGGAAAACUACUACGCCGCUACGGAUAUCGUGAAGGGCGAAAGAAGAGAGCAGCACUUUACGCCAGGUCGCUUCACGCCCAUCAAACUACCCGAAGGUCCUCCGCUAGAGGGCGUCGCACAUCUGUUGGAUUUCCCCCGCCACCGGCUGAGGCUGUUGGAAAAACUCGGUGAAGGAGACUUCGGGAUGGUGAGUUGGGAGUUGGGAGUUGGGAGUUGGGAGUUGGGAGUUGGGAGUUGGGAGUUGGUAAUUCGAUAA